AUGACGCUUCCGAUGCUUAGCUCCGAUUCGCCUUCGCCGUUGAUACAGAAGUUUCGCGACUCACUGGCCGAUUCGCUCAACUACAAACUCCUAGCCAAUGCACUCGCGACACUCUUCAAAGAGUCGGGUCUACAGGCCCAGCCACAAUUGCAAAGUACUGUCAGUCGGCUGCGCUUACUCGGGCCCUUCAUUUACUUCCACCGCUAUGCGCACAAUUUCGAUACCCCUGAAGCCUAUGCGGUGCACAAGGAUUUCGUCUCAGUCGUGUCCAUCUUACUGAAUUCUCUUCCCAUCGACGUUGUUGAAGGUGUAAAUCCCAUUGCAGAAGUUGAGGAUGAUGACGAGGAUGUUACGACAUCGGAAGAAGUAACGAGCUUCAUAAGGGAGCAGAUUCUCUCGCUGGUGAAUCAAGAAGGCAUUGGCAGUCUGCUAAGUGGAUUCUCGCAAUCUUCCGAGGCUUCUGAUGAUGACAAGAUCGAGGAGGCAAGGCAGCUCGCUAACUAUGCCCUGGCAUUACUUCGCUUCUUCCCACGACGCGGCGAUGAGAUACGAAUGUGGCUUUACAUUGGUCCUACGGAAACACGAUCUGGCCAAACUUCGCGCAAGCUGCCUGCUAUAAGGUACUUCUGGGAGGCGUCCAAACACUCCUCCGUCUUUGAGACCAUCUUCCGCGACUCGCGAGCAGCUAUCAAUCUCCUCAAGCCUAAAAGAACCUCAACCAUUGCUUCAGAUCCUGUCGGUGGAUUUUGGCAACCAGCAGAGCAAGAGAUCAAGCGCGGCGCCUCUAUAGCUGACGAAUGGCGAGUCAUACUGGUCUUCCUGGAGCUAUACACCUUUGUACUCAAAGUCACAGAUGACGAGGAGUUCUUCUCGACUGGACAGCAUGGCACUUCUUCGACCCAGGUUCGCGACAAUGGCUUGCCUCUGAGUGAGGUCAAGAGCUUGACGACAUUUCUGAAGAAUCUAGGGUUCACGCUGUACUUCAAUGCUACAGAAAUUACAAGCGCAGGAGACUCCGCAGACCAAAGCACAAGCAUCAGCUUCUUCAGCUCUCAGGCGCUAGAAGCCUCGAUACGGAAAGAGCCUGUGGAACCCUCCCUCGGCGGUGUAGCGGGCCUGAAGAUAGAUUAUGUGAAGGGAUUGGUCACAGGGCUCCUACGCAUGGUCUACGAGCGAGACUCGCGACGGAAGUUCUUACCUUCGGAUCAUUGGUUGAUGACCUCACGGUUCGACAUGACAAGCUUCAUACCAGCCGUCGUUGAAGAGGAAGAAUCGCGUCACAAGAUUCAGGAAGAGGAUGCCGAUGAUCUAGACGAGGAGGAGGAAGAGAUUGAUGAUACCCCACAACUUAUUGGCACAAGCAGAACACUACAGCAGCGGCGAUUAGAGAGACUCCAGCGACAGCAGCGCAAGGCUUCGCGGAGAAGGUAUUUGCAGGCUGUAGCGCCCAGGCUACAAAUUUUGCAGAACAUGCCGUUCUUUAUCCCAUUCGCCACACGAGUCAAAAUUUUCCGCGAAUUCGUUCUCUUGGACAUGACCAAGCGUCGAGGAGGCGCCGACUCUGAGUCGUGGCGACUCAGGGUUAUGCAGAGACCAGAUUCUGCCCGCUUCUUCGACAGGCACACCGCAAAGAUCAGGAGAGAAAAUGAGUUUGAGGAUGCCUUUGAACAAUUUUAUCCCUUGGGCGCCGGAUUGAAAGAACCCAUUCAGAUUACCUUUAUGGAUCAAUUUGGCUCACCCGAAGCUGGUAUCGACGGCGGUGGCGUUACGAAAGAGUUUCUCACGAGCGUCACCGAUAGAGCUUUCAUGCCAUCCGAAGAGUUAGACAUGUUUGUUGAGAAUGAUCAGCAUCUGCUCUAUCCAAAUCCAACAGCAGUCGAGGAGCUCAAGGCAGCAAUGAGACAGUGCAAUUUGAAUGAGAGAACGGCAGAAUUCAGGACACAAAUUUCCGACCUACUCCAACGCUAUGAGUUUCUGGGCCGCAUCAUCGGCAAAUGUUUGUACGAGGGGAUCUUGGUGGACGUCAACUUUGCUCCAUUCUUCCUGCGCAAGUGGGCGUUGACUGGCGGUGAAGGCCAUGCACCGAACGAGUCGAGCUAUCGACCUACCCUCAACGAUCUCCGCGAUCUCGAUGAAGAGCUCUAUCAAGGUCUCCAUAAGCUCAAGACGUACCCAGGCAACGUAGAAGACUUCGGCCUCAACUUCACCGUCACCGACAUCUUAACUAUCGACCCUACCAGUUCUCCCAAGAAGACCCUAGCCGUAGAGAAAGAACUUAAACCCGACGGCGCAAACACUCCCGUCACCAACCAAAACCGCCUCGUCUACAUCAGCUACAUGGCGCGCCACCGCCUGCAAAACCAGCCCUACCUCCAGACCUCUGCCUUCCUCCGCGGCCUCCGCCAAAUGGUCCAACCGUCCUGGCUCUCCAUGUUCAACCACUCGGAACUCCAAACCCUCGUCAGCGGCACGCGCACCUCGAUCGAUGUCGAAGACCUGCGUCGCAACACCAUCUACGGCGGCACAUAUGUCAUCGGCACCGACGGCCUCGAGCACCCGACCAUCUCGCUGUUCUGGAAAAUCAUGAAAGAACUCUCCGACGACGAGCGCCGCGCGGUGCUCAAGUUCGUAACGACAGAGGUUGCCAAGUACGAGUACGUGUGUGAAUCUGCUCAAGUUGCCGAUGUACAGGGACGAAGGGGUGAUGAAGGAGAAGUUACUGUAUAG